CUAGGUUAGACCUGGCUAAACUGUGCAAGCAUCCAGAUUUAUAUUUGCGGCAUGUCGAUGAUAAUUGUUGGUCUAAACCUAAGGCAGCUUAUAUUUUAACUUCUGAACAGCAACAAGACGAGUAUAGGUGGGUGCAACAACUUAGAUUUCCGGAUGGUUAUGCAUCUAACCUUGCUAGAUGUGUAAGUCUUUCCUAGGGGAGGUUUAUUAGUAUGAAGAGCCAUGAUUGUCACAUUUUUAUACGGUGCUUGCUUCCAACUGCAUUCAGAGAACUACCUACAAAUAUAUGGAAGCCUCUUACCGAGUUAAGCCAGUUUUUCAAAGACUUGUGCUCAACCACCCUCAAGGUUCAUGAUUUAGAGGUUAUGGAGCAGAAUAUUCCCAUUAUCCUUUGCAUGUUAGAAAGAAUAUUUCCCCCGAGAUUCUUUAAUGUGAUGGAGCAUUUGCCAAUUCAUCUAGCAUAUGAGGCACGUGUGGGUGGACUUGUCCAAUAUAGGUGGAUGUAUCCGUUUGAACGGGUGAUAAGAGCAUUCAAGCGAACAGUAAAAAAUAGAGCAAAAGUUGAAGGUUUGAUUUGUGAGGCUUUCUUGGCCAAGAAGACUUCAAGUUUUGUUUCUUUCUACUUUAAACCACAUAUCUUAUCGAGGCGAACCUGUGUGGGAAGAAAUGAUGACGGGGGAGACACAAUUAAAGCUUCUUUAUCAAUAUUUAAUAGACCUGGUCGCAAGGUUGGAAAAGCUAAAGAUUAUUGGUUAGAUGAGCGAGAUAAGGCUGCAGCUCAUUUGCAUAUUCUACUCAAUGAAAGCAAAGUUAGCCCUUUCUAUAUGCCAUGGCUCCUCGGGUCAAGGGUAAAGGUGUCAAGGGUCAUAGAGGUUCUCGCACCACUAAUGUAGCUGCUAUUUCAACCACCUCCACCCCUUCUGGGACUUCAGUUGUGCCAGAUUUUCAGUCAGGACCACUUAGCCAAUAACCAUAUUUGAUGGUACCUAAUCUUGGCUACACGGGUCUUCCUCCACCAAGUUGGCCUACUCCAGGAUGUAUGGGUCCCCUUCCUCCACCCCCUCCUCCAAUUUCAACUCCUCAUCCGCUUUGCAAUUCCAGUCUAUUAGUUAAUUCAGAGACACCUGGAAGCUCUAGUACAUCUCCUCUAUCAGAGACUGCAUCGGUUCCUAAUAGUGUCACAAAAGAAAGAUUGGUUCCUGAUGGAAAAACAAGAGCCACUUUCUUAUUGAUGAUGAUGAUGAUGAGUUUUUUCGGAGGGCUUUCAAGUACAGGACAAGUAAGCGAUUUAGCCAAAUGAUGUCAGAUAUCCGUGAGGAUGUGGAUAGAAUCCACGAAUGGCUAAUUUCUACUUACAAAAAGGUGUUGGAAAGGUACUAGAAAACAUAUGAGAAAUGGAAAAAUAUAAGAAAAAAAGCAAGGGAGAAUUGAGCAUCACUCUUAGGUGAUUCUGUCCAUUGCGGUGGUUAUUCCAUUGAGCUCAACUAUAGAG